AUGACCAACCUGUGGCUCUGCGGAAGGCGGCGGGAGAAGGCACAACUAAUUGCGAGCGAAUCCCAGCGCCGCCUGAUAACAGCCGGAGCGUGGCUACUGCUGCUGCCCGCAGCGCCACGACACGCGGCUCGGCCAGCGCCGAACAGGUGGAGUACGUCUGGGCGGUCUGUCGUCUUCAGGAAACAGGUUGUGGGUGCGCUCUGUGUGGAGGGGCAGUGCGCAGCCCACACUACGGCUCACUCAUCACACGCCGCCACGUGUGUGCGCACGUCUAGUUCGAUCCUCAACCUGUGGCGCGUAGUCGUACCCCGGGGGGGCCCGGAGCCCCCUCAGCAACCCCCGCAAGGACCCGAGUUCUGGGGCUACGCUCCGCCCUGGCCUCAGCCGCACCAUCCCCAGCCUCAGCGGCCUUCGCUGAAGAGGUCGCACAGCGAGAGCGACGACCAGGACGAUCCCUUCUCAGAGGAGUCUUCCAAGGACCAGUGA